AUGUACAACGUUACGGAACAAGACGUCGAACGUGCUGCUCAGGCCACGUUAAACAACAUAUUGCAACACCCGAGAUUAACGACACGACCGGAAAUCGUUCCUCCCAGCUUGAAUCACCCUCAGUUUCAGUCUCUUCACACGGGAGCCUCCCGCGCCGCCGCUCCGUCCAAUCACCCUCCUCCUGCAGACGCGUCUCCUUUCUCCAACGUUCCUUCGCGACCGUCGCACGACCAGGAGCUUCCCGAACGCGGGCGGGAUGAGCGGAGCCGGCGGGAUUUUGACCCUGCCGACCGUUUCGUUGACGAUGACCGCGCGGCACAGGGCGACCGCGCACCUGCGCACGAGCGCGCUCGUGCAGAACAGGAGAGGAUGGAGCAGCAACGCGAGCACUUGCAUGAGAGGCAGCAGCAACGGGAUCAGGGUUACCAGAGACAAGAGUUUGAAAGAGAGCGGCAGCAGCAGGAGAGGCAGCAGCGGCAGAAGCAGCCGCAACGUGACCCGCAGGAGCAACGCGAACAGUUUCCAGCUGGAGCGGAAGCGGUGCGGGGGGAGGGGGAAAAGCGGGCAGCCGCUGCGCUGUUCCCCGGCUAUCAGGGGGCUCCCCGCGACGGGGAGCCUAGGCGCGCGGAUUUUGAUGGGCGGAGGUUCUAUAACGAAGCUGAUCGCAAGCUUUCUAACGAGGAUGGGCAGGGUAGGUCUCAAGCGCGGUUGCCAUACCACGACGGCCGGCUCGGCAAUACCAAUGCUAGUCCGCAUCAGUCCAUUCCCAAUGAUCCCGACCGUUCGAACGUCCGAUUUGGCCCUGGCGGACUUCGCGGCGCUACUGCUGACGUGGACGCCAGGUUCGGAGGGUGGAGACACGAAGGGGGUGGCUCGGAAGCAGGUUCGGAUGGAGGCUCGGGUGGUGGUGCUGGAAGGGAAGGGUUGAGGCGCCCUGGCGACGGGGUGGAUAAUGUCCAAGGGGGUCGAAAUGGGGGGUUCAAUAACGUGGGAGGAAAUAACGGAGGAAAUAACCCUAGAAAUUUGACAGCUUCUGGAAGGCGCGUGUCGGAAAACGGACCGGAUUUUUCGGGAGAUGGAGGUCAGGGUCGUCGGGAGGAGAGUGAGGGAGUGAGGGAGAGGGGGAGAGAGAGGGGGUGGGAGCGAGAGAGAAAGAGGGAAAACCAAAUGGAGCAGGAAAGAGCAAGUGAGGAGGAAGAUGACGAGGAGAGGGAGAGGGAUUGGCAGCGAGAGAGGGGUGGAGAGAGGUCAAGAGAGGUGGAAGGGCGGCGGCAGCAGCGGAGGGAAGCGGGAGGGGGAAGCCAGAGGGACGGAGGAGGGGGGAUGAGCAGGGGAGGUGUGAGCGAUAGCGUGGGGAACGGGAAGGGUUUGAGUAUGGACGAAGGGGAGGGGAGGAAUGGGAGCCUGAGGAGCGGUAAUGCAAAGGAAAGGAUGCAGGAGCAGCGGCAGCAGGAGGAGCAGCAAGAGGGUGGGGGGAAGAGAGCGAGGAAAGGGAAGGAGUCGUCACCUGAACCAGACGAGGAUUCAGGCAAUCAAGAGGGCAACAGCAGCGACGGGCAGCCACGCACUCUCAAGCGCCCCCGCCUCGUGUGGACUCCACAGCUGCACAAGCGGUUUGUGGACGCGGUGUCGCAUCUGGGCAUCAAGAACGCCGUGCCUAAAACCAUCAUGCAACUCAUGAACGUGGAAGGGCUGACCAGGGAGAAUGUGGCAUCGCAUUUGCAGAAGUAUCGGCUCUAUCUCAAGCGUAUGCAGCAGCAGCAGCAACAACAGCAGCAGGCGGCAGCAGCACAGUACCUUGCUGCGGCUCAUAACCCGGUGGGGAAUCCGCUGGGUGCUGCUGCUGCAGCUGCGGCUGCAGCAGCAGACCCGAUUCUGGGGCGAGCGCUGAGUGCGUAUGCUGCAGCUGCUGCGUUUUACGACCUUCAGAAUAGUCACGGGCAGAAUAAUCUCGGGCAGAAUAGUCAUGGUGGGGCGGGGUUGGGGGGAGGCGCUGGUGGGGGGAUGCAUGGGGGCGGAGGGCUUGGGGGAAUGCACGCUGGGGGACUGGGGGGGGGACAUGGGGGAACGUUAGGUGGGGGGCAUGUGGGGGGGAUGGGAGGAGGGUCAAACCAGCCCCCAGGAGCAGCAGCAGCAGCAGCGGCGGCGGCGGCGGCAGCAGCAGCAGCAGCAGCACCAGCAGCAACGGUCACCGUCCCUCCCUUUUGCCCCGUCCCAAUUCAAUUCCCUGCUCUCCGCAGCUUCAGGGGGAAUGGGUAG